AUGGGAAUAUCACUGUUCGCUGUCUGGGCCUUACUGGCUUUAAUUCAUUGCUCAGGAGGCACAGAAGAACUCUUUGAGGUUUCUGUGUGGCCAGAUCCAGCCCUGGUAAAGUUUGGACAGUCCCUCAAGGUGAACUGCAGCACCACCUGCCUAGACCCUGGGCCCAGUGGAAUUGAGACCAUCUUAAGGAAAUCCCAGAUGGGCAGGGGACCUCAGUGGAAGGAAUUUCUCCUGGAGGAUGUCACAGAGAAUUCCGUUUUUCAGUGCUUCUUCUCCUGCGCCGGAAUCCAAAAAGCUAUAAGUGUUGGCAUCACUGUAUAUCAGCCUCCAGAGCAGGUGAUCCUGGAGCUCCAGCCAACAUGGGUGCCUGUGGGAGACAUCUUUACAGUCAAGUGCUCUGUGGGCAGAGUCGCACCCCUGGAGAACCUCAACAUUACCCUUUUCCAGGGUAAUCAAAAACUUCGUAGAAAGGACUUUAGGAACUUGACUGUUGACUCCCAAAUAUCUGAGGUCACCAUUGAUGUGAGAGCCCAGAAAGAGUAUGACAGAUGCAAUUUCUCCUGCCAUGCAGAACUGGACUUGAGUUCACAGGGUGGAGAGUUCUUUCAAAGCAACUCAGCCGUCAAGAUGCUUCGGAUCUUUGAAUUCUCUCAGAGUCCUCAAAUAUGGAUCUCUCCACUUCUGGAGGUUGGAAUGGCAGAGUCUGUGAGCUGUGAGGUGGUUGGGGUGUUCCCAGCAGAAGAGGUGAUGUUCUCUAUGUUGCUGGGAGACCAGGAGCUGAGCCCCCUUCUCUCCUGGGAGGGAGACACAGCACGGGCCAGUGCCACAGUUCGGGCCAUGGAGACAGGUGAUCAGGAGCUGUCUUGCCUUGUAUCUCUAGGUCCAAUGGAACAGGAAGCAAGAGAACCGGUACAUGUUUAUAGCUUCCCUCCACCAGUUCUGGAGAUGGAAGAAUUAUACCCAUUGGCAGGGACAGACAUUAAUGUGACCUGCACAGGGCAUAUAUUAACGUCACCCAGUCCUACUCUUCGACUUAAGGAAGCCCCUGAUCUUCCUGCUCCUGGGAAUCCUGCUUGGCUUUUCCUUACUGCCACAGAGGAAGACGAUGGCCGAAAUUUCUCCUGUGAGGCCUCCUUGGAAGUUCAGGGUCAGCAGCUGAUCAAAACCACUUCAAUCCAGCUCCAUGUCUUAUACCAGCCACAGUUAGAGGAAUCUGGAUGUCCUGGCAACCAGACGUGGGUGGAAGGGACUGAAGAGAUGCUUGCCUGCGUCCCCAAGGGAAACCCAACUCCCACCUUGGUGUGUACCUGGAAUGGAGCGGUCUUCAACCUCCACAUGCCACAGAAGGCAACCCAGAACCACUCUGGAACCUACUGCUGCACAGCCACCAACCGGCUGGGUUCAGUCAGCAAAGACAUUUCUGUCAUUGUUCAAGGACUGGAUGAAGGAAUCAGCUGCACCAUCUUCGUCAUUAUUAUUGUCGCUCUUGGAAUAUGUAUAAUCACCAUCGUGCUCUAUUUGAACUAUGGGUCCUGCAAAAUAAAGAGGAAGAAAUUGCCCUAUAGACAGAAAGAGAAGAACAAAGAUGAGGAAAGCCAGUUUGCAGUUCAAGAAGCAAAAAUAUAG